AAGUCGAAAGAGGUCAGGGUAAACACUCGUCUUCUUUAUCAACAAAGAAAGUUUAACCUCCUUCGCGAGAGUGAAGGUUAUGCAAAGCUGGUCACUCUCCUUUGUCAAAUUCCAGAGGGAAAACCCACCAAUUUAGGGUUUUCACCCAGUCACACCAUUUCGCGUUUCUCUCCAGUUUCUUUUUUUUUUUUUCUCGUUAAAACAUCUUAACAGCCAGUGCCAAAACCCUAGGUCAUUUCCGAGAACAAAAAUGUCGCUUUCACCUUUGGAGUAUUUGUACUUUACAGAGGAUUCCCUCAAAGAGUUGAAAAAUGUAAACACUAGCUUCAAAUUCUCUGAACCAGUUCCCACUCUACGGUUUCUCUAUGAGCUCUGCUGGGUUAUGGUUCGAGGUGAGUUGCCGUUUCAGAAAUGUAAAGUGGCAUUAGAGUGUGUGGAGUUUGUGGAUUAUGCUUCUCAGGAGGAGCUAGGGUCAAGUUUGGCUGAUAUUGUCACCCAAUUGGCUCAGGAUUUGUCGUUGCCAGGAGAAAGUCGUCAACGUGUUAACAAGCUGGCAAAGUGGCUUGUGGAAUCUGCUUUGGUUCCUUUGAGGUUUUUUCAGGAGCGAUGUGAGGAAGAAUUUUUGUGGGAAUCUGAUAUGAUCAAGAUAAAGGCUGCAGAUCUGAAGUCGAAAGAGGUCAGGGUAAACACUCGUCUUCUUUAUCAACAAACAAAGUUUAACCUUCUUCGCGAAGAGAGUGAAGGUUAUGCAAAGCUGGUCACUCUCCUUUGUCAAAUUCGAGAGGGUUCUACGCAAAAUGCUUCAGCUGCCACAGUUGGCAUAAUCAAGUCAUUAAUUGGGCACUUUGAUCUGGAUCCAAACCGAGUCUUUGAUAUUGUUUUGGAGUGUUUUGAAUGUCAGCCUGGUUAUAGUAUAUUCUUGGACUUGAUUCCCAUAUUUCCCAAGUCCCAUGCCUCCCACAUUCUUGGGUUUAAGUUUCAAUACUACCAGCGGCUGGAAGUAAACGAUCCUGUUCCAAGUGAACUCUAUCAGCUAACGGCCUUGCUGGUGAAAAGAGAUUUCAUUGAUGUUGACAGUAUUUAUGCACAUUUACUUCCCAAGGAGGAGGAUGCGUUGGACCAUUACAAUGCAUUUUCAGCUAAGAGACUUGAUGAGGCUAACAAAAUAGGUAGAAUAAAUCUUGCUGCUACUGGGAAGGAUCUCAUGGAUGAAGAGAAACAAGAUGUGACAGUGGAUCUGUAUGCUGCACUGGAUGUGGAAAUGGAGGCAGUUGCGGAGCGUUCCUCAGAGCUAGAAAGUAGUCAACCCCUGGGCUUGCUUAUGGGAUUUCUCGAAGUGGAGGACUGGAGUCAUGCUCAUGAGUUGUUUGACCGUCUCUCACAUCUUAAUCCAGUGGAGCAUGUACAAAUAUGUGAUAGAUUAUUCAGGCUCAUUGAAAAAACAAUAUCUGAACCGAAUGACCUUGUUUGCAAGAUGCAACUUUUGGGUUCAGUUCCUGAAGUUGUCACUGACUACUCUAUGGAAGUGGCAAAUUCAUCAAGCAGUAGAUCUUAUAUCAAUCUUCGAAAGGAGCUUUUUGAGAUGCUUUCCUCUGUGGGACCUCAUCUGUAUCGAGAUACGUUGUUGCUACAGAAGGUAUGCAGAGUUUUGAGAGGUUACUACAUUUGUGCACAUGGGCUUGUCACUAGUGGCCAGACAUGCUAUAUCUCCCAAAAUGUAACCAUUGGAGAUCGAACUCCUCAAAUGCUCCUGAAGGAUGCUAGGUCAAGAAUUGAAGAAGCAUUAGGAGGAUGCCUGCUUCCUUCCUUACAGUUGAUACCAGCAAAUCCUGCUGUUGGACUAGAGAUCUGGGAACUAAUGAAUCUCCUUCCGUAUGAGGUGCGUUAUCGUUUGUAUGGUGAAUGGGAGAGAGAUGAUGAGCAAUGUCCAAUGCUUUUGGCUGCAAGGCAAACAGCAAAGUUGGACACUAGGAGGAUCCUGAAGCGCCUUGCAAAAGAAAAUCUAAAGCAGCUUGGUCGAAUGGUUGCCAAACUUGCUAAUGCCAAUCCAAUGACAGUAUUGCGAACAAUUGUUCACCAGAUUGAGGCUUACAGGGAUAUGAUUACACCUGUUGUAGACGCUUUUAAAUAUCUGACUCAGCUGGAGUAUGAUAUUUUGGAAUAUGUUGUUAUUGAACGGUUGGCACAAAGUGGGAGAGAGAAGCUGAAAGAUGACGGCCUUAAUUUGUCUGAUUGGCUUCAGUCUUUGGCAUCAUUUUGGGGUCACCUGUGUAAAAAAUAUCCGUCAAUGGAAUUGAGGGGUCUUUUUCAGUAUCUUGUUAAUCAAUUGAAGAAAGGAAAUGGUAUUGAGCUUGUCUUCAUGCAGGAGCUUAUCCAGCAAAUGGCUAAUGUACACUAUACAGAAAAUAUGACAGAGGAACAAUUGGAUGCCAUGUCUGGAAGUGACACUCUACGCUACCAGGCCACCUCAUUUGGUAUAACACGGAACAAUAAGGCAUUGAUUAAAUCGACUAACAGGCUGAGGGAUGCUUUGCUCCCAAAAGAUGAACCAAAGUUGGCAAUUCCACUCUUGCUACUCAUUGCUCAACAUCGUUCUCUGGUAGUUAUAAAUGCGGAAGUCCCUUAUAUUAAAAUGGUCAGUGAACAGUUUGAUAGGUGUCAUGGAGCCCUUCUUCAGUAUGUGGAAUUUUUGUCUAGUGCAGUGACUCCAACGGCCGCCUAUGCUGUUCUUAUUCCCGCUCUAGAUGAGCUUGUACAUGUGUAUCAUCUUGAUCCUGAGGUGGCAUUUCUGAUUUAUCGGCCUGUUAUGAGGCUCUUCAGGUGUCAGAGAAAUUCAGAUGUCUUUUGGCCUUCAGAUAGUGAUGAAGCAGUGAGCGCAGCCAAUGCUGAAAAGGAGUCUGAAAGAUCAGACUCAUCUGCUUACUUACAAGACCUUGGUUCUUCUCGGAAACCUAUCUCAUGGAAAGAUCUUCUUGAUACCAUCAAAACAAUGUUGCCUUCGAAAGCCUGGAAUAGCUUGUCCACAGACUUGUAUGCGGCCUUUUGGGGUCUCACACUCUAUGAUCUUCAUGUUCCUAAAUCCCGUUACGAAUUUGAAAUUGCUAAGCAGCAUGCUGCUCUUAAAGCUCUGGAAGAACUUUCUGAUAAUUCAAGUUCUGCAAUCACAAAAAGGAAAAAAGAUAAAGAAAGAAUUCAAGAAUCUUUAGAUCGGUUAACUAUGGAGCUUCAGAGGCAUGAAGAACAUGUUACAUCUGUUCGUAGACGCCUUAUUCGUGAAAAGGAUACAUGGCUGAGUUCCUGUCCUGAUACUUUAAAGAUCAACAUGGAAUUCCUUCAGCGGUGUAUAUUUCCACGCUGUACGUUCAGUAUGCCAGAUGCUGUUUAUUGCGCCGUGUUUGUUAAUACCCUUCAUUCCCUUGGAACACCCUUCUUUAACACUGUGAACCACAUAGACGUUUUGAUAUGUAAGACAUUACAACCCAUGAUCUGUUGUUGCACGGAGUAUGAAGUAGGUCGCCUGGGAAGAUUUUUGUAUGAGACGUUGAAGACUGCUUAUUGUUGGAAGGGUGAUGAAUCAAUUUACGAACGUGAGUGUGGAAACAUGCCUGGUUUUGCAGUCUAUUACAGAUAUCCAAACAGCCAGCGUGUUACGUAUGGCCAAUUUAUUAAGGUACACUGGAAGUGGAGUCAAAGAAUCACGAGAUUGCUCAUUCAGUGUCUGGAAUCAACUGAGUACAUGGAAAUCAGAAAUGCACUUAUUUUAUUGACGAAGAUCUCUAGUGUCUUUCCAGUUACUCGGAAGAGUGGAAUAAACCUUGAGAAGAGGGUUGCCAAAAUUAAAUCUGAUGAAAGAGAGGAUCUCAAAGUAUUGGCAGCAGGGGUUGCUGCAGCUUUGGCAUCUAGAAAGCUAUCAUGGGUGACAGAUGAAGAGUUUGGUAUGGGUUAUCUAGAACUAAAACUUGCAGCACCACCUGCUUCUAAGUCUUCGACUGUUAAUUCACUGGCUAUACCAAACGGCAGUGGCCCCAGUGUUUCUCAAGGUGAGCCUGUGGCACAAGGAAGAACUGUGGCAGCAGGAAGGGUAGCUGAUGGCAAGUUGGACAGGCCAGACAGUUCUUUGCCAAAACCAGAUCUAGGUCCGGUAAAACAGAAAGGCAGUCAAUCAAUUAAUGGGCUGGAUGUUCAAUCAGUGCUAUCUGCUGCCCCGCAAUCUGAUACUCCAAGUCAAAAACAGGUUGAUGAAUCUCUGUGUGGACCGUUGGAAGAGAGUACCAUAAAAGCUGCUUCUAAAAUGUCUGGCGAACUGGAGGGAAGAGCUACAGGCAAGCGAGCUACUCCUGGAACUCUCUCAAAGCAACAAAAGCAUGAUACUGCAAAAGAUGACAAGUCUGGGAAAGCUGUUGGAAGAGCAUCUGGAGCUGCUUCUGGUGAUGUUGGUUAUCCUUCUGAGAGCAGAACAAGUGGGAAUGUUAAUGUUUCUGCUACAGUUUCAGGGAAUGGUAACAUGUUUUCAACUGUACAUAAAGGUGCAGCUUCAUUAACAAGAUUGGUAGAUCUUUCAAAUGAAUCUAAUGCCGAACUUACAGCUACUAAAUUUGCUGAUCUGAGGGUUUCUGCUGGAAACGAUGAUGUCAAUGAAAGUUCUGAUGUGCAGAAGGAGUCCUCAUCGCGUCUGGUCCAUUCGCCUCGACAGGAUGCUUCUAAAGCUAAUGAAAAAGUACAGAAAAGAUCGAUUCCUGCGGAAGAGCUGGAGAGACUGAAUAAACGCCGGAAAGGUGAAAUUGACAAUAGAGAUAUCGAUUAUGGUGAUGCUCGUUCUUUGGAGAGAGAGCGGUUAAUGGAUGUACGAACUGCAGAUAAACUUCAUCCAGUAGAUUAUGAUAAACAUGGAUCUGAUGAUCAAAUAUUGAACCGGGCCUCUGAAAAGCCUCUAGAUAGAUCAAAAGAUAAGGGUGGUGAAAGACCUGAGAGAGACCACAGAGAACGAGUAGACCGUCCUGACAGGUCUCGCGGGGAUGAUGCAUUUGAAAAAUCAAGAGAUAGGUCAACAGAGCGGCAUGGAAGAGAACGUUCAAUUGAAAGAGUACAGGAGAGAGUUGCUGAUAGAAACUUUGAUAAGUUGAGUAAGGAUGAAAGAAUCAAAGAUGAUAGGACUAAGCUGCGACAUAGUGAAGCGUCUGUAGAGAAAUCUCACACAGAUGAUCGGUUUCACAAUCAAAAUUUGCCUCCACCUCCACCACUGCCUCCUCACAUGGUCCCACAAUCCAUUAAUGCAGGCAGGAGAGAUGACGAUUCUGAUAGACGUUUUGGAACUGCCAGGCAUAGUCAAAGACUUUCCCCAAGGCAUGAUGAGAGAGAGAGACGGCGGUCAGAAGAAAAUAAUGCGUUAUCGCAGGAUGAUUUGAAGAGGAGGAGAGAAGAAGAUUUCCGAGAUCGAAAGCGGGAAGAGAGAGAACUUUCAAUGAAGGUAGAGGAGAGGGAAAGAGAGAGGGAGAAAGGAAGCAUCGUGAAAGAGGAUAUGGAUCAAAAUGCCUCAAAGAGACGCAAACUCAAGAGAGAGCAUAUGGCUUCAGAACCUGGCGAGUAUUCACCUGCUGCUCAUCCUCCUGCCAUUUCUAUUAAUAUGUCGCAGCCCUGUGAUGGAAGAGAUAGGGGAGAACGGAAGGGUGUUAUUGUUCAGCAGCGUCCAGGUUACUUGGACGAGCCAGGUCUUAGGAUUCAUGGGAAGGAAAGUGGCAGCAAAGCACCCCGUCGUGAUGCAGACUCCAGUAUGUAUGACAGAGAGUGGGAUGACGAGAAGAGGCAAAGAGCUGAGCCCAAGAGGCGGCAUAGGAAGUAAUUGCUCAACCACAAGACAAAUGAAGUUUCUGCUUGUUGCUGCUGAAGUAAAACGUAGCAGGCUAGUUUAUAUGUAAUAAGAGUUGGGCUAAAGUAGAUUUGGGCGCGGUAGAAGACUUUCUUUUUGUUUGUUAUUUAUGUUGGCUAAUUGGCCGUUGUGAUAUUUUCUCGUUUUCUAUAAAUCAAUAAAAUCCCAAAUUUAUUCAAAAAAAA